CCCCGCCCCUUUCUGCGAUCACGUGACCAGCCUUCUGGCGUUGUCCGCCGUCCGCUUCCGGGACGAGCGGAUUGCGAGGGCACAGCAGGAGGCGGGUAAGUAAGGUUCAGGUAGGCGACGGCGACUGUAGAGGUGGCAGCGGUUCCGUGACAUGUCGACCAAUAACGUCAGCUACAAUGAGCAGGCCGGAGAUGCUCAGCCCGAGGUGGGCCAAGAAGCAGCGCCCACUGUUCCUUCCUCUGUUCCGACGGCCUUCGGACUCUUCAGUAGCGACACCAAAAAAAAUGAAGAUCUGAAGCAUAUGUUGGAAAGCAACAAAGAUUCUGCUAAGCUAGAUGCUAUGAAGAGAAUUGUUGGGAUGAUUGCCAAAGGGAAAAAUGCAUCUGAAUUGUUUCCUGCUGUAGUGAAGAAUGUAGCAAAUAAAAAUAUUGAGAUUAAAAAACUUGUAUAUGUCUACCUGAUGCGCUAUGCGGAGGAACAGCAGGACCUAGCACUGCUAUCAAUUAGUACUUUUCAGCGUGCUCUGAAAGAUCCUAAUCAGUUAAUCCGUGCAAGCGCUUUGAGAGUUUUAUCCAGUAUUAGAGUGCCAAUUAUUGUUCCGAUUAUGAUGCUUGCUAUCAAAGAGGCAUCAACUGAUUUAUCACCUUAUGUUAGAAAAAAUGCCGCCCAUGCAAUCCAAAAGCUUUACAGCCUUGACCCUGAGCAAAAAGAAUUAUUAAUUGAAGUCAUCGAGAAACUUCUGAAAGAUAAGAGCACACUCGUGGCUGGGAGUGUCGUGAUGGCAUUUGAAGAAGUCUGUCCGGACAGAAUAGACCUGAUUCAUAAGAACUACCGAAAGCUCUGUAAUCUGUUGGUUGAUGUGGAAGAAUGGGGACAAGUUGUUAUUAUCCACAUGCUUACUCGGUAUGCACGUACUCAGUUCGUGAGCCCCUGGAAAGAGGAUGUUGGUCUGGAAGAGUAUAAUGAAAAGAAUUUCUAUGAAUGUGAGGAGGAGCAGCAAGAAAAAAAUCAGAGAGUGAACAAACCCUAUUCCAUGGAUCCAGACCACAGAUUGCUGAUACGAAAUACAAAGCCGUUACUACAAAGCCGGAAUGCUGCUGUGGUGAUGGCUGUUGCACAGCUUUAUUGGCAUGUGGCACCUAAAUCUGAAGUUGGUAUUGUUGCCAAAUCUUUAGUACGUUUACUUCGCAGUAACAGGGAGGUACAAUAUAUUGUACUCCAGAAUACAGCGACCAUGUCGAUCCAGUGCAAGGGCAUGUUUGAGCCUUACUUGAAAAGUUUCUAUGUUAGGUCAACUGAUCCAACUAUGAUCAAGACAUUAAAGCUUGAUAUCUUAACUAAUUUAGCAAAUGAAGCCAACAUAUCAACCCUUCUCAGAGAAUUUCAGACCUAUGUGAAAAGCCAAGAUAAACAAUUUGCUGCAGCUACAAUUCAGGCGAUAGGCAGAUGUGCAACCAACAUCUCAGAAGUGACUGACACAUGCCUUAACGGCCUGGUAUGUUUGCUGUCCAACAGGGAUGAAAUAGUAGUUGCUGAAAGUGUAGUUGUCAUUAAGAAACUGCUGCAAACACAGCCAGCACACCAUGGUGAAAUAAUUAAACGUAUGGCCAAGCUCUUGGACAGUAUUACUGUCCCUGUGGCAAGGGCCAGCAUUCUUUGGCUUACAGGAGAAUACUGUGAACGAGUUCCAAAGAUAGCCCCUGAUGUUCUAAGAAAAAUGGCCAAGAGCUUCACUGUAGAAGAUGACCUUGUAAAACUGCAAAUUUUAAAUCUUGGAGCAAAAUUAUACUUAACCAACUCAAAACAGACAAAAUUGCUUACCCAGUACAUAUUAAAUCUCGGCAAGUAUGAUCAAAGCUACGACAUCAGAGACCGUACAAGAUUUAUUAGGCAGCUCAUUGUUCCAAACGAAAAGAGUGGAGCUUUAAGCAAAUAUGCCAAAAAAAUAUUUCUGGCCCAGAAGCCUGCCCCAAUGCUUGAGUCUCCUUUUAAAGAUAGGGAGCAUUUCCAGCUUGGUACUUUGUCUCAUACCCUGAACAUGAAAGCCAGUGGCUACCUGGAAUUGUCUAAUUGGCCAGAGAUUGCCCCUGACCCUUCAGUGAGAAAUGUAGAAGUAAUUGAGUCGAAAAAAGAAUGGACUUCAAUAUUAGGGAAGGCAGACAAAGAGAAAUGCACUGAAGGGUUCUACUCAGAAGAGGAGGAUGACAACAAUGAGGAAAAUGUGGAUUCUUCUAGCAGCAGUGACAGUGAAAGUGAAUCUGAUAGUGAAGAAGAUGAAAGAAAGGAAGGGCAAGAAGAUAGCAGUGUGGAAAGUAGUGAGAGUUCUGCUGAAGAUGACAGUAAUAGGAAAUCAAAGGCCAGAAAGGGAGUCUCAAGAAAAGGGGCCACUGUUUUAGAGAGUGACUCUGAAGGAGCAGAAGAAAACAAAAGGAAAGUUCAGAAAGCACUGGUUUCUUCAAACUCAGAAUCUAGCUCUAUUGAGGAAAGUUCUUCAGACUCCAGCUCAGAAACUGACUCUGAAAACCAUUUGGAAGCUAGAAAAACAGUGGAUGCAGCUUUUCCUCCCAAGAAAGAAGAGAAAACUUCACAAGAAAAAAGAGCUCCUGUUAAGCAAGAAGUGUCACUCUUAGAUCUGGAUGACUUCAAUCCUGUAUCAGCUCCAACAGCACUCCCUAAGCCAACUGUUCUCUCUCCCACUUUAACUGCUGAUCUACAAGGUUUAAGUUUAUCAAGUUCUUCGGUCAUUAACAGUGGCAAGAAACUAAGAAAACCUCUUUGUCUGCACUGCCAAUGACCAUAAAGAUGGAGAACCUCUACCACAACUACAUGAGGAUUGUACCUUUACCUUUCAGCACCUGCCCCCAGUGUAUAUCAUGUUCAAUGCAGUCCCAGCAUCUGUCAUUUUCUAGUCCAGACAUGGCAGAGCAUCCUCAAAACUCUCUCUGCUCUGAUUGAUCAGGAAAUACACAUGCUGAAUACUGCAGGAGAAAAACAACAUUUCACUGCUAUACUGCUUUACAUCAUGAAUUACCAAGUGUGUACAGCCUGCUACCAGUUCUUCUUAGGUCAGAAGACUUCCUCUCAGCUCAAAUAUCUGUUAUGUAACAGGAAGAAAAUAGUAUGACUGUUUAAGAAUUAAACCAUGGCCUUACCCAAGCAACACGCCAACAUCCAAACAUGUAGUAGUUUGCACAAUAGAAGCAUGUAUUGCAGUGGUCUGCAGGACUCAGUGGAGGCUUUAUCUUGUAUUUAAGAUAUGCCUUUCAGUGAACGAGGGCUAUUUAAAUCAUCGGCACAGGACACCUUAGAUUAUGGCAAUAACCCUUUGUACGGCAGUCUGCUUGGUGCCUGGUAUUGUUGAUUUGCUUUUGGAAGACACAUCACCUUGGCCUGGAAAACUCCGGCAUGUUUCCUCUGGACUUUCUUGGAGAAACCGAUCUCCACACGAGCGAGCUGCUGUCUCACCGCACAUGCACGCCCCCACCUUGCCGCCCGUGUGUGUGCUCCGCCCCCUGCCAGCACCGCAUUGCUGACCCAUGCUCACUGCCAGCACCUUUCAGCUGGCCCCCUGUUGAAAAAGUGUGAGGACCACCGAUCUACAGGGUAUCAAAAACUGGGUCUGGCACUCCCUCAGUGUACUGAGCCUGGGGGCGUGGGCCAUAUGUUCAGAAAAAUGGCCCAAGUCCACAGUUGGAAAAGUGGAGUUUCUGUUGACCACAGCUGCACCUGGAGAAGAUGUUGGAGCAACACAGGAUGUUGUCUUCAUGUAAAAAUCAUAGUGCUCAGUGUCCAACAGUGAAGGAGGACUGUAGAGCACAGUGGCAGGAGAGCUAGUUCAGUGGUGGAGGCAGGUGGGUCUAGGAGUCCCUGAAGUUGGAUGUGCAAAGAAAAAGGCAGCUGAAAUCUUGGAGGGGGUGCUCCUCAAAAGGUUGGUGGCUUGAAGAAUUGGUCCUGUUUCCUGUACAAUUUGGGAUAGUAGACAGGCCAAAAGCAAGGGUUGUAGGUGGGACAUUCGUGGUGGUACCCCCACAGGGCAUAGAACAAUGAAUCUGGUAGGAUGGAGUAGGUAGGUCCCCUGUCCCAAUCCAAGAUGGGGGAGUGGGAGCAGCCUCUUUAGAUUUGGCAUGGAGAUAUACCAGUGAUGGAGCAGCCGGUGACUUUGGAGUCAGAGCCUUGGAAGGGGCUUGGACAGGUGGUGCAUCUCAAAAUCUCCCUUCAACACUGAGGCUGAGAUGAAUUCAAGCCUCAGCACAGGUGGCUCUGGUUCCAUAUCCUCUUCGGUGUAUGACAUCUAGUGGUCAGGACUUACCAAGUUCUUCCUGGCACUUUUUGUGUUCGGCAGCCAAAGUUUCUGCUAACUUUGCCUCCUUGGCCUUUCGCCAGUUCUUGAUCUUUGUCAGUUUCAAGGACUUUCCCAGAUUUGGCAAGGGUACCUGGCUCAUGGCUGAUGGUUGUGGCUCCUCUUGCAAGCAAGGAUGCAGACUCAGAGGUCAGUGGGAGAGGUUGCUCUGGGGGUUUGAGAGAUCAGUCACUCUAAGAGCGUUAUUCCACAGCUCAGUUCAGAGGCCGUCAGCUUGACAUUUGGUAAAAGUUUGUCAGUGAGGAUACUGGUUAAAUAAGUGCCCUCACCCAAGCAAAGUAGGCAUAAAGAAUGCUAAGACAGAAGGGAACUUUCAGUGCCAUUGGAAACAUUGACACAAGAAAAAUUGUACAAAAAGAAGACUAGCGAUUGGAAUGGAUAAGGAAGAAGUAUAUGCAUGUAUGUAUACAUAUAUAGUUUGGGAGGAAGGAAAAAGAGAUUGCAGUUCAAGAAAAAAAGAUCAGAACAUCAUGAAAGUAUUAAGUUAUAGAGAGUUUGUGAGGGAGGAAAAAAUAAAGUAUUAGAGAAUACAAAAAAACUGCUUGAAUAGUUCACAUCUAGAGAGUAAAAGAACUUUCUUAGGUACUACAGCACAACAUAGAUGCCAUAUAGACAUGCUGUAAAAACAGGCUAAAUGAGA